AUUUUGCAGUAAAAAUAUGCAGACGUAGCGGUGUAUCUGUUUUUCACUACUGCAUCUGUGAUCCAAAGUGUAUUUUCAGUAGCAGCUGACGGAGCUGGGCAACGCUUGUCGUGGAGCGUUUGAACACGGAUUUUGGUUGGACAGCAUGCGCAGUCUUCAACACACGUGCUGUUUGAAAUGGCCCUGUUAACACCUCGGUUUCCUGUUGUCAUUUCUCACCUCGUGCUGCACUCUUUUCUGGGGGAAAGACGUUACGUGAAAAUGCACGCGGCAAUUCCUGUGUUGCCACCAGUUCUGUGUGGGUCACAGAGGAUCAAAGUCACAGCCCGCCGUGGGAAGCGGUGGAAUGAAAGCGCGAGGCAAAAGACGCAGCAAUGGAGGUGAUAAUGAAGUCAAGUGAAGCCAACCUGAAGGUGGACUUAAAAACAACAAGAAAGCUCCUCAAACCGCAGGUGGAGAAGCGUCGGAGGGAGAGAAUGAACCGCAGUCUGGAGAGCCUGAGAGCGCUGCUGCUGCAGGGGUCCCAGCACCAGGCGCUGGCGAGUCGCAGAGUGGAGAAAGCAGAGGUGCUGGAGCACACAGUGCUCUUCCUGCAGAGCACUGCCCACAGAGGGGCAGCUGAAGGCAGCCAGCAGCAGGACUUCCAGGACGGGUUCUCCACCUGCCUGCAGCGAGCAGCGCGCUUCCUGCGGGACAGCAGGGCGGGGCGGCGGGGGGAGGGGGCGCUGAGCGUCACCUUGUCCCGUCACCUGACGCACCUCGGCCCGCUCCCCAGAGCUCCCAUCAGCCCCCACUCUGCCCACACGCAGCCCAAGGGGCAGAGCGCCCAGCUGGGGGGGCAGAACUGGCACUGCAGCCAGCAGCAUGGAGCCGCCCUCAGGAACAGCCCCUCCCACCAGCUCAGAGCGGCCCUGGCACACAGACACCCCAACCUGCCCCAGCCCCCCCACAGAGAGGCUCUGUCAGCCCCCACAAACAGCCAGUCACCAUGGAGACCCUGGUCCUAAAACCAGCUUCAAGAUAGACACUGCCUUCUGAUUGGACUGAUACACUGAAGGAAAGAUUUAUAUAUUUUAUGAAGAUUUGUACGUUUAUGAGAUGUAUAGCAUUUAUAAUUUCUGUUGUAUAUCGUAAUGUAAUAGCCAAUUAUAGCUCUUAUUGCCAAACAGACCCUGAUCUGUACCCUGGUGCUGGUUUGAAGCAUCAUUACACAGUAGCUCACGUGAUUGUGUAUAAUUCACAUCAGAGACUGCUUGUGAAUAUUUAAAGAGGAAAUUGUUAUAUAUUUGAACUUUAUUUUCUAAAAGAUGUUUAAGUCUUUGUAAAUAAUCCGUUGUGUAUAUAUGAAAUAAUAGUAUUUAUCAUAUGACUCCGUUUCUGAAUGAAAACUUGUAUAUCUAUAUAUUUGGAGGUUGAAAUAAAAAAAGAACUAUCAAAAUG